AUGCCUGUGACUGGCCCCAGUGGCACGCAGUACUAUCAUGGUACGCAGCCUAUUCACCCGCAAGCAGGGCUUCUGCAGCCACCGUUGGCUUUUCAACCCUCUGGCUCUGGCUAUGCUCAGCAACCGCGGCCUCAACCUCAAUCUCAGGCUCAAGCUCAGCCACAAGGCCAGUCGCAGAUCCAGCAGGCGGAUAUAGACGCGUUUGAGACCGAGAUAGAGUACUUGAAGGAGCAGCUCGAGCACUCUGAGCUUCAGAAAGAGUGUAUCCAGAACAAACUCAACACUGCAUUAGCUCAGGAGCGUCACGACCACGACAUGAUAGAAGGGCUGCAGGCUCGUAUCCGAGAACUGGAGGAGAUGCUUCAGCGCCAUGGAAUCCAGGGAGACAGCAGAUCUGCAUCUAUGGCCCUGGUCCCAGUGAGCUCUCCUGAUACUGAAGGGUAUUCGGGUUCUGGAUCCGGCAACGGAAACGGAAACGGGUCAGGUAUGAGGAGAAUGUCGAUGCAGGGGCAUCCUGAGCUGUCUCCCACAACUCGGUACCAGAACGUCUUUGGACAGCCACCGCCACCAUUUAACCUACCUGGAGCCGCAGGUGCAGUUGCGGCCAGUGGAACUGCAAGAGGAAAUACCAACCAGGCCGGUGUGGGCUCUCAGCCUCACUUUAUCCCGACGAGCUCGAACGCCAACUCAACUGCAGGCACGGGCACUGGAACAACUGGAGUCUCUCGAGGCACAUCAUCCUCACCUGACGAACAGAUUGCCUCCUUUGUGUCGAUGGUGAACAUGCAGCCUCAGCAGGUUAUCCAUACUCGAGACCCACCAUACAACAGUAGCGACUUUGCAAACCGCUUGGUUGGCCUGUGGACGGCAUCGAAGUGCUUUGCAAUGAAGUACACAAACACCAACUUCAUGUAUGACGAGAAGGUGAUGAGUGAGGAACUGCGUUCGUUUCUGAGCCAUGCAUCGAGCAAUGCAACUGAGUUGCUGGGCAACGUAUCCACCCGAUUCUUGAUGGUCUCGAAGAUGAUCAACUGGUUCAUUACGAGAACAGUCCUGAAGACAAGCGUUGUCAACGGCUUCGACCCGACAGUUGACUCUGAGAUCCAGCAGAUGACUACCCAUCUCCACCCCGGCACUCCCACUACGGUAAAGAAUGCUAUGAUCCAGGGUAUCGGACACCAUAUACUCCUCCUCCGCAACCGCCCGUUGUUUGACAACUUCUUCAACAAGCGCACCCACGAGAACACCCAGGAGCUGUUCCAUCUGCUAUCCCCAUUUAUCUUCUCCCGCGACCCAAGCGUGUGGCGUGACCUUGUCGAGAUCAUGAUUGACGCCCACAGCCUGGCUCUGAUCAUGCACUCCGGCCCCUAUGAGUUCAAGUUCCUGCACCCAUUGACUCACCACCACUUCGACCCGACGUACAUGACCGACCACAACGCUGGAACGGACGAGGGCUGGCAAAUGCAGGAGUCCAAACGCAAGUACACCAUCAAACUGUCCAUCACGCCUGUCCCGCUGUUCAAGAACGUGGUCACGCACCCUAACGCGGCCGUCCAGGUGCUGCAUCUCGGAGAUAUGCUCUUGAACUCAGAGCCCGGCCGCAAGUAG